AACCGGCAGAAGGAAAUGACGUAUUUCACCGCCAACCUCUUCCGCUCUCUUUUCGUUGAGGCUCAGCUAGCGGCCGGCCUGCAAACAUGCAGAUCUUCGUGAAGACGUUGACGGGGAAGACCAUCACCCUCGAGGUUGAGCCCAGCGACACUAUCGAAAAUGUCAAGGCUAAGAUCCAAGAUAAGGAAGGAAUUCCCCCUGACCAGCAGCGUCUGAUCUUCGCUGGCAAACAGCUGGAGGAUGGACGCACACUGUCUGACUACAACAUCCAGAAAGAGUCCACUCUUCAUCUGGUUCUGCGUCUGCGUGGUGGCAUCAUUGAGCCUUCACUCAGACAGCUGGCCCAGAAAUACAACUGCGACAAGAUGAUCUGCCGCAAGUGCUAUGCCCGUCUGCACCCACGUGCUGUCAACUGCCGCAAGAAGAAGUGUGGACACACAAACAACCUUCGCCCCAAGAAGAAGCUGAAGUAGACAUUCAGUCUGAAGUGGCUCUGUAUGCCAUUUUGUGUUAAAAUAAAUGUAAGAAAAUGA